UAGUCGAUGUUUAACUUAUUCUUUUUGUUGCAGACGAACUGCCAUUAAAUAAUAUAAUAAUUCUCUUGGAUUUUGAAUAUUUUAAUGGCAUCGGAAUGAAGUGAAAAAUGCAGUGAAUCGAUAUCGGUAAAGAAGAUAUUAUGGAGAAACACGACGCCAUUUUAUCGCUGGUUUAUUUCGCAAGUUACACUGCAGCUUUUCGUUUGACAAGCAUGUCAGCUCCAAAGGUAGCCGAUUUGCGAGACAUAAUGGAGCUUGACUGCCACUUUGACAUGGGCCAGGAGGAAUUAUACGCCGUUAAAUGGUACAAGGACGACCAGGAAUUCUUCAGGUACAUGCCCAGAGGGCAGCAUGAAACGCGGCUCUUUCCGGUGCCCGGAGUCAAGCUGGACACGCGUAGCGUAGAUUGCAAUAAGAAUCGAUGCAAGAUCAGCCUGACAGAUUUGACGAAAAUGCACAGUGGCGGCGCGUACAGGUGUGAAAUUUCAAGCGAAGCACCCGCAUUUAGAUUGGCUUCGGAAACUCAUAACGUUACCGUAGCCGCGUUACCAAGAGGACUCCCUAAAAUCGACGGACUUGCAAAAACUUAUGUGGAAGGAGACACUUUCAAUGCAAAAUGCACCUCGGAUUACGCAGAUCCCGAGCCCAUAUUGACAUGGAAAAUUAAUGGUUUAGAUCGGAAGGAUUCAAUAGCCCAAGGAGAAAAAAGAAUGAUUUCUUAA